AGCACCAUGGUCCGCGUGCUCUCCCUCUUGCUGCCCGGCGCGGCCGCCUUCAUGGCACCGGCCCCGGCACCACAAACACUCACGCGACACCAUUUAUUUGGAGGCAAGAAGGAGGGCGGCGGCGGCGGCGCGCUCGGCAACGUCGCCGGCGUCAUGGACCAGUUCAAGAAGGCGCAGGAGAUCGCCAAGAAGUCGCAGGAGCUGCAGACCGAGCUCGCCGCGGCCGAGUUCGAGGGCGCGAGCGCGGACGGCGCCGUGACCUUCAAGAUGAACGGCCAGCAGCAGCCCGUGAGCGCGGCGGCGCCAGGCUUCGACGGCAAGUCCGCCGAGGACCUGUCCAAGGCCUUCUCGGAGGCCAUGGCCGACGCGCAGGCCAAGAGCCUCGCGGCGAUGAACGAGAAGAUGCAGGCGUUGUAUGCGUCCGUCGGGUUGGGCGGCGCGGGGAUGUAG